AUGACUAGGUACGGGGGAAUGGGGAGGACGCGCCCUAAAAAGCUCACCUCCAAAGCCUCUAUCCCCAUCGUCAAGGAACAGGAGAUCGACCUCAUCGAAGAUGAAGUCCAGAAUGCCCUACAGCAGAUUGAAACCGGUGUUGAGAAGGCCGAGGAGUCUGAAUUCCAUCUUCAAGCUGCCAUAAAUGCCAGUGCUCAAGGAAAAGUAAAUGAGGCCCAUAUUCCGACCCCAGAGACCGUUCUCAGUAAUCUUCGAUAUGAUGAACUCUACCCCCCUCUCUUCUCGCAACCCGCGACGUACAUUCGUUUCUCCUCGACGGUGGAGGACUGUUGCGGAUGCCCGUAUAACAUGACUGAAGAGGAUGAUGUAUUCCUAAAGAUUAUGAACGAAAAGCGGGACGCCGCCGACCGCUGCACUGAGGACCAGUUCGAAGAAGUCAUGCACUUCUUUGAAGAGACGGCGCAAGCGAAGCAGCCGUUUGCAGCUGUAGAUAAUCCGCCUGUCCUGAGUUUUGCCGAAAUUCAGGAUGCGAUGGAUGCAGCCGUAGACGACAGUAUAAAGCGCUUCGCCAAGGACAUAUAUGAGCACUGGAAGUCAACGAGGACUAGCACCGGAAACCGGUCACUCGUGCCAAGCCUUAAGUUUGAAACUGGACAAGAAACCGAUGAUACAGACCCCUAUGUCUGUUUCCGUAGGCGUGAAGUCCGUCAGAUUAGGAAGACUCGAGGCCGAGAUGCUCAGAGUGCCGAUAAACUGAGACGACUGAGGAAAGAGUUGGAAGAUGCGCGACAGUUAGUCGCUCUGGUGCGGCAGCGCGAGUUGGCGAGGAAGGAAAUGCUCGCCAUUGAACGGCAAGUAUUCUUGCAACGAUCCGAAGUUAAGGAGAUGAAGAGGAAACUCAAUCUCAAAGAUGACGAUGAGGAUCUUAUCAACCAGAAGCCCAAGAAGAAGCCGACGGAAGCGCCGGCUGUGCACCGACCGGCUGUUCCUCAGCUCCGAAUGCCACCCAAGGCUGGAACUCAGGCUGCAGAGGACUUGCAGCUGCUGGAGGAUGUCCAGGCAGAGAAGGAGAACGAAAUUUUGCGCGAUAUUAAUCAAAAUAUCGCCAAGCACAUCAAAUGGAACGAGGGCUAUGUAGACUUCACGAGGGCGCCUCUUUCGCCGUCCCCUGAGAGAACCUUCCAGGCUGCAUUCCGUCCGGCAAUCACUGCCCAGUUACCGACACCCCCAUCCUCAGACUCGUCCGAAAACAUGAUGGAUACGUCCUUAGAUAACGCGGGUUCCCUUUCUUUCCGAGAUAAGCUAGCAUCUCAAACCAUGGUGAUGAGCGACGCUACCAGCAGAAUGCCAUCGUUUAGGCGACGUAUCGGCCGUGGUGGUCGUUUAUUCAUCGAUCGUCGAAACCUGGUUUCACGUUGUAAAGCGGAGAUGGAUCCGUGGAAAGUCGAUCGCUUCAAGUAUGACCAGGAAGAUUCAGACGAAGAUCUUGACUUUGAACGAGACCAGUUUGACACCCAAAUCAUGCAACACCGAGCCAUCAUGAUGGCGAAGGCCAGAGAUCAAGCUGCAGCUGCAGCUCAGGCGCAUGCGCAGGCGCAGACGGCGCAGGCCCAGGCCCAGGCCCAAGCACAGCGACGAUUGCAAGCUGAUCAAACGGCGAACAAUUCGGGGCAAACAAUGGGAUCCAACCCAGGGCCUGGUGCCGCUGCCCCCAUACCUGAGACCUGA